AUGAGGAAAUCUUUUAAAGAUUCUCUGAAAGCGCUCGAAGCUGAUAUUCAACAUGCAAACACCAUGGCUUCAGAUUAUCCAAGGGAAUAUGAUGGUGCUUGCCUUCAAAUGAGACUAUCAUACAGCCCCUGUGCCCACGUUUUUCUGUUCCUCGUCCAGUGGACUGAUUGUCACCUUGCUGGUGCACUUGGGUUAAUUAGAAUCCUUAUUUACAAGGUAUUUGAGGAUGGUAAGACUACCAUGUGUCUUCAUGAAAGGAAAGCUAGCAUAAGGGAGUUUUAUGGUGUGAUAUUCCCCUCUUUAUUGCAACUUCAUAGAGGAAUCACUGAUGUUGAAGAUCGGAAACAAAGAGAGAUUUGUGCAACUAAAUACAGAAGAGUGAACGAGAUGAGCAAGGGUAAGCUGUCUGAAAUCGAUAUCGAAAGAGAAGAAGAAUGUGGAAUUUGCAUGGAAAUGAGUACCAAGGUUGUCCUUCCCAAUUGCAAUCACUCCAUGUGUAUGAAGUGCUAUAGAAACUGGCGUGCACGGUCUCAAUCUUGCCCAUUCUGUCGGGAUAACCUCAAGAGAGUAAAUUCUGGCGAGCUUUGGAUCUACACAAGCAGCUGUGAUGUUAUUGAAUUAUCUGCAAUUCGAAGAGAAAAUCUGAAGAGACUUUUCAUGUACAUUGAGAAGUUGCCUCUCAUUGUUCUAGAUCCGAUGCUGGUUUCUUGUGAUUCUCAUUUCGGAUGGAGUACAAGGUCUUGA